ACGGGAAACAAAGGCAUGAUAUUUGCAAGUUCAUGUAAUGCCGGACAGAUGAGCAAUCGAUGUUCAAAAUUUGUCAAUGUGAAAAUCCACUUUGUGCACCACCAAACGUUGAAAUCGUCAGGUAGACAGGCGUGUUGUGUGUUUGUUAUGAGGUAUGAAAAGAGGUGCAAAGAUCUCUACCUCGAAUCGUUUGCUUCGUCUGAACACAAGCCAAUAUCGUCGUGAAUACAAGAGCGGGGCUGUUUACCAUGGCGAACUCGUAGGAAGUAAGAAAAGUGGUAAAGGGAUCUUUAAGUGGCCUAAUGGAGCUUGUUACGACGGGGAAUAUGUUGACAACACAAGACAUGGUUAUGGUAAGCAGUACUGGCCAGAUGGCUCUAUCUACGAUGGUGCUCUAGUGAGGGAUCUACGGCAUGGUGUUGGAACGCUGACUUGGGCAGACGGAGAGAGCUACUCUGGAGAGUUCUACCGAGACAAAAGGCAUGGCAAAGGAGUGUACACCUGGCCAGAUGGCACAAAAUUUGAAGGUCACUUUGAAAAUGACAAGAAAGAAGGUUUUGGAACAUUUAUCUUUCCUAGUGGCAAUAAAUUUGAGGGAAUAUAUUGUAGAGAUGAAAGAGAUGGACCAGGAGUAAUGACAUACUCUAACGACAAACAAGAUGUUGGUCUGUGGUCUGGUGAGCGUCUUAUUAAACUGUGCUCAGUCAUGGAUAGUGCUUUCCUUUUUCAGCACUACUCUAACUACAAUGUAAAUGCUGGGAACAAUUUGUCAGGCAGAGUAAAAAGAGCAAACACAGCUAAGGAAGGCUUGCGAAACACUUCACCUUCAUUACAGGACUUUGAUGGGGUCAGUGACAGGGAAUCAAUCAAAGGUCUGUCUCAGAUUCCUGACUCUUUCUCAUAUGCAGACAUUUUAGAAGGCAUUCGUGGAGAAAAGGGCUCCAAGGGACCUGUCGAACAGGCGUCUGAGGAAUUUUUAAGAGCAUCAGCUGCAGGGGACUGUAUCAAAGUGAGGGGUUUGAUUGAAAGCGGAAAAGUUCAUGUGGAUGUUGCUGACAAAACUGGAUACACUGCCCUGCUUGCUGCUUCGGUCAACUGCCACAGAGAUGUCAUUAACUGCCUACUAGACAAUGGUGCCAAUGUAAACAAGUUAAAUGAUGAGGGUCUGUCAGUUCUAGCUGCCUGCCAUGUCCUCUUCUACACUAAACACACAUGGAAGGAUAACAUCGCAGAAAACAUUCCUAAUGAAAACUUAUUCAAUUGCAUACAAGAGGACUGCCAAAAAGGAACUUAUAUUCAUCGCAAUUACCGUCAAAGUGUUGUGGUUGAAGAUGCCAGGUUGGAAACAAAUGUUCUUGAUUCUGGAGAUCCUGAAGAAAACUCUGAAGAUGAACGUGUAGAGAAUAUUCAAAACGAAAUAAACCAAGACAAAUUGAGUGAUCCAAGGAUGUCAUACAGAGUUAUUGAAUUUACAGAAAAAACAUGCAAAGAUAAAGAUGAAAAUGGUGCUGAAUUAGAAAACAAUUUAAAUAAUAGUAUGAAAAUGAAAUUAGAUUUAAAUAGAAAUGGUUAUAAGAAGAGUAUCAAUAACCAAGGAACAAAACUAAUUAUGGAGCAUGGGGGUGAUAAUCAGCUGGACUCAGGAAUGCUGACACCGAUCAGUGAUGUUUCAUCGGCGCAUGAAAGGAGUGUUGAAAAAACUGACAAACUAAGUGUGAUGGACCCGUCAUUGUUUAGUAUCAUGAGUGCAGUUAGUAGCACAAGGCAGCCAUCUGACUCAGCUGAUGAUUUACGCAGUGAGAACAGCAUGGAGCAGAACAAACAGGUUUUACUGGCUGUUCAGAGGCGUCCCCAUCUUGAAGCGACAGUCCGUCUCUUGCUGUGGAGAGGUGCAGACCCAAAUGCAUCAUCUCUGCCAAUGCCUGUUCUCUUUUUUGCUGUGAAAGCUGCAGACACAGCUGCUGUGGAGAUUUUACUUCAGAAAGGAGCUGACACUUCUGCCAAGUUAUCAAAAGAACAAUCAGGCAUUGCUCCUCUUCACAUUGCUGUGGCUCUACCUGAUGAAACAGGAGUAGAGAUCACAGAGCUGCUUCUCAAGUCUGGUGCUGACCCAAACAUCAGAGAUUGUGCAUUUGGUGCCGAGGAGAAUGGAAGAACUCCAGCACACAUAGCAUCUUCAAGAGAGGAUAAUGACCAGGUAUCAUGUGCUGUUGUGCGACUGCUGUUAGAGCACGGUGCUGAUCCUGACCUGUUGUGUGAAGGACACUCUGCCCUUUCCUUGGCGAUCUGUAGUGGAAAUGAUUUGGCUGUAGAUACACUUCUGGAACAUGGAGCUAAUCCAAGCCUUCGUCUCUCCAAGGGGGUGGGGUCAGCACUAUGUGCUGCUACGUCAUUCAUGGCUGAGAGAAGAAGGACUCCAGCUGGCAGAAUAAAACUUAUAAACAAGUUAAUGAGAGCUGGUGCUAAUAUUUUGUCUCCAAUCACUGUGAGUGUCAAGUAUCCUCCAGGAACUGUUGUGGAUUACGCUUACAAUGUGUUUUAUCAGGAUCGCAAGAUCGCUCACACUCCUUACCAUGCCCUCACGGUGACAGAGCGCGAGUGUUACAAUGCUCGCCGGGAAAUGUUGGAUCAUCUUGGAGAUCUGUUACGAACACAGGUGUUGAAGAAAGAGAAAGAACUGAUCGAGAAGCAGCUGGAGGACGCAGAAAGACAAGCUGAAUUAACGUUGAGUGCUGAUGGAACUCCUCACUCAGCUUGGGGAAUCCUGAAAUCACCUGACAAAGUAAACAGGCUGAAGGAGCAGGACGCCUCCCCUGCUGGGAAAAAUGACACCUUGAGAUGCAGCCGGGUUAGCUUUCGACUUGAGAACGAGGUUUUUGGCGGAGACGAUGGCGAAGAACGUGAAAUUGAGGCUCAGGCGGAUCGUGAAGUCGAGGCUAUAACUGGAACUGGUGGUGAGAGUCCUGGAGUCGAUGAGCGAGGAAAAGAUGGCAUAGUGUCAGAAUUAUCAUCAGCUCCUGACGACAGCAAAGAAAGCACUCCCUGUUCUCUCGGACCCAGUGCUCCUGAGCCGUCCAUCAAACCCUCGUCUCCAGGUCGAGACGAAAACUGCGGUUUACGUAUUGCGGUGACCAAGGCCGCUGACCAUAUGAGUAUUUCUGCACUGGCGACUCAAGCUUUGAAGCAACGCAAGCAAGUGAUGAAGAACCGCUUUCGAUACUGUUACGAGUGCGGGCGCUCUAUAGGAAUUCGCUUGUCGGCCUGCACGAGGUGUAAAGAGGUUUUCUACUGCAGCAAGUCGUGCAAACUGAAGGCAUGGAAUGCGAGACACAGGGAGGAAUGUGUCCGUCUGACAGGUGGAGGCGUCAAAACAGCUUCCAGUCGCCGAGCAGACAGCCCUACUCCAACCACCGACCCUGAUGCGCCACCCCCUUCUACCACCCCCUCAGGCUCUCAAAGAAAGACUCCUUCCCGGGGGAAGGGUGAGAAGGGGCGAAAGUCGCAGACUCCUUCGGCGUCACGGGUAUCUAAGCGGAGUGCUUCCUCGUCAUCGACAAAGAUCAAGAAAUAACCGCGACAUGUUGGAUGAACGGAAGACUGGCAAUGGUGGAGGAACAGGAAGAUGGAAAGAAAGGAGAGAAGGGACUCAAUUCAUCGGCUGUAUGCUAGGAAGGCGGCCCCACCAAAUAGUGCAGACAACACUGAACAUGCCAUUUAACUGUGACGUCUCGCACAUUCCCACUUUCAUAGUUCCAGUCAAAAGAAUCCUUCGAUUUCCUAACAGGGAUUCGUUAUAAGCCUGCAGAGAGAUCGAAUAGCUAAGUUAUACAACCUUAUUAUUUAGGAACGUAGACGGAUUAACAUCUCUUGUUACGGCAGCGUGGAAUAGCAUACGGAAGUAAUCCGUUUUUGUCAGUUUUACAGACUGAAAAACAGACUUGUUCAACAUUGCGUAAUGAUUAAUUCCUUCUUGGUCGUGUUAUGUUAGUUUUUAUUUUCCUCGUGUUUGGACUCUUCGUGCAAUACCUCUCACUUAUGUCUUCCGCAGCCGUUUGUUGGUUGCAGUCACAUGAUAGCUGUUAUUGCGGUUCUAAGCGAUUUGACUUACAAACUAGGGAAUAUGGUCAAUCUUCAUUGUGUGACCGAUGUGUUGACCAUUUGGACUCGCAUGCGUUCUUAACCAAAGAACAUCUUAUCUCAAGCUCAUGCUUAGCUAGGCUCAGUUUCCAGCCGUGGGUGUUUCAGCACCCGCGCGCACCGAAACACCCACGGCUGGAGGCUGGGCCUAAUGAUCAGCUAACCGGUGCUUUGUUGGUUAUUUGUACAAAAAGGGCAAUUUUACUUGCUUUGAUCCUGUAUUAGGACUCUAUGCGAUUGGCUUAAAAAAGAUCAUGCCACAUUUUCUUCCAAAAAGUAAGUAAAACCAAAACCAAUGGUUGUUCGCUCGCACUCGUUUUCCCGCGUUUCGCGUCAGCUAUAUGUAUCUGCUU